UUUUGUCAGUGCCAACUAGCCCUAGGUCAUCACGCAAACGUGAUAUUCCCUUCACUUUGCGUGUGGCAUUCUUCGUAUCUCCCGCGGCGGACCAACACGCUACUGUUCUGUGGUGACGACUGACGAGUUUACUAGGUGUUGAUAUAGACGAUCCAUUAUAGUUCGUGCUGUUUUAAGGUGCCGUCGUGUUUGAGUUGCGCCAGCGAUUACACAUACCGACACCAGGGAGGCGGCUUUUAAACUGUGGUUCUCGCCACAGUGUCUCUCGCUUGGCUGCCAGAUUUCAACGCGAAACAAAACAGUACUUGAACCUGCGCUCCAAAUCGCGGUUGCCCGCACGACUGAUUACCAGCUAGGUUUGCUCCUGUAUACUACACGCUAUCUGUGUGUGCGCGCGUGCGUACGAAAACGUCUCGAAGGUCGCUCCGCGCGGUAUACACUAAAGGUUAAACGACUGCAACAGGUUGCGGUGCGGUGCUGCGUUACCGGCAAGGUGCUAUCAUAAUUCUCAUCAACACAACGAUGUCUCUCUUGACGCUGAUUGUCAUGACCGCUGCCGUUGCGGCCGCGGCGGGGGAACUCGAGGUGGUCAUUCUUCAUACGAACGACGUGCACAGCCGAUUCGACCAGGCGGACGUGGGUGGGAGUAGCUGCUCGGAGCGUGAAGCUGCAGCUGGUCAGUGCUGGGGAGGCUACGCGAGACUGGCGACCAAGGUGAAGGAGAUUAGGGCCACCUACUCUAACGUACUGCUGCUGGACGCUGGUGACCAAUUCCAGGGCACCGUCUGGUACACAGUCCAUAAAUGGCGAGUCGUGGACCACUUCAUGAACCUGCUGCAAUAUGACGUCAUGGCAUUAGGUAACCACGAAUUUGACGAUGAUAUCGAAGGAGUUGUUCCAUUCCUUCACAACAAUUCCUUUGCCGUCGUCAGCAGCAACAUCGACGCAAGACAUGAACCCAGCAUGCAGGGAUUAUUUACUAGUUCGACCAUACUGAGUUUGACAGGAAACCAGAAAGUAGGGAUUGUUGGAUACACGACGAGAGACACCCCUAUACUCGCCGCAACAGGAAAUCUUAUAUUCCAAGAUGUCAUCGAAUCCGUACAAAACGAGGCCAGGCGUUUAAUUGCCGAGGAAGGUGUUAAUAAGAUUAUUGCACUUGGUCAUGGCGGUUUAGCUCUCGACAUCGAAAUGGCCGAGAAGGUUGAAGAAAUAGAUGUUAUCGUUGGGGGACACACGCACACGUUUCUAUGGACAGGUACUCCUCCAUCGGUUGAAAUUCCGGCCGGGCCGUAUCCAACCAUCGUGAAAAACAGCGCGACGAAUCGUGAUAUACCUAUAGUUCAGGCAUACACGAAUGGAAAAUACCUAGGAGUUUUGAAAGUUACUUUUGAUGAUGACGGAAACGUUCUUGUGGCGGAUGGCGAGCCCAUACCUCUAGACAGUAGUGUGCACCAGGGCUUUCUACGGAUGAAACGUGGACGCCGGGCAGCUUUGGGGCCCGUUUAUCGUGUCGUGCUGCCAACGUACGUGUACAACGGAGGAGAUGGGUAUUCGAUGUUCAAAGAUGAAGCGCUAAGUUCUAUAGACAUAGGCGUUAUAGACAUAGAUAUUAUAAUGAAUUAUAUGACCAAACAUCAGCCCAUCAGCAAUGGGCUGGACGGCAGGCUGACUUUCUCGACGGAUGAUCCUUGCGCCAAUUCCUCUGCGCCGCCGCUGACAACAUCACUGUUGCUCGCGAUCUGUGCAUGCUACUGUGCGUUAGCCUCCGCAUUGUAGCACACGCAUGUCGAUGGCAGCGAGACGAAAUUACAACGUUCAGUGCGAGAACAGUGAGCGUGCGAUAUGAGAUAAAAGUUCGAGCGUCUAGAUUUGCAUGUAUAUUGCCGGCUAAUAUAUAUUCAUGAUACUCUAUUUCAUCCCUUUACAAACAAUGAAUAACAUUUUUUUACACAUGAGGUAGUAAAUUCGUAACAUUGUGUCAUAAAUAAUUAGGUUAUUAUUUUAGGUAAUUUAGGUUAUUACACGAAUAACCGCGUUAAAUAUAUCGCAUGAACGUACAUAUUUUUCAUCGAUUAAUGUAAUAACAUAAUCCCAUUAACCAAUUUACUGAAACUCAUUAGAUUAAAAAUGCUAUCAAUAGGUGGCAGCACGUCAUUGUGUAGUCUGCCAUUCAUUAUGUCACUCGUAAACGUGGUGAUAAUUAUAUAAAAUCAAAAUAGAAAUCUACGUCUAAUCUAAAUCGAAAUCUAGAUUAUCUAUCUGCGUUUAUGAUGUCAGCAAGGACAAUCAACAAUUGUGUAUACGUACCAUUAACAGCUAUAUAUAUAUAUAUUUAACCUAUACUCUUUAUGUAUUUUCUAUAUCUAUUUCUGUCUCUUCACAAUAAUAAUCAGCAGUGACUUCCCUUCUAAAAAUAAAAAAAAUUGUCCCAAAUUUGGAAGGACCGGAUCUGUUAAUUUUGUAGUUGAAAUACCGCGUCCCCCUUUCCGUGAAAUCUUUUCGUACUUUCUUUACAGAUAUUUUAACAUUUUAGUCUCACUUUAUAUUUGGAUAUGGAACAACGAAUAAGCAAAAAUCUCUGUAUCGUUCAUUGUCAUCACUAAUCACAAAGCGUUUAAAAAUAAAACACCGAUUUACCAGUAAACGCA